AUGACACAGGAAAAUACCCCGGUGGGAUCCCAGAUUGUGUACGACGGUGCAAAAGGAAACACAAGUGUGACGUCAGACAUUUUUGACACCUUAGCAAAGAAGAAUCCGUUCUCGAGCAAACCCUGGGAUACCUGCUCUGUUGUUGGCAAUGGAGGGAUUUUGUCCAACAGCACCUGUGGAGAGAUGAUAGAUUCAGCCCAGUUCGUCAUCAGGUGUAACCUACCUCCUGUGGAGAGCAGCCACCUCAAGGAUGUAGGCAAGAAGACAGGCCUUGUGACGGCCAAUCCAAGCAUCCUUAAUCGGAAAUUCAGCGGUCUACUGGAUCGCCGACGUCCCUUCGUCGAUAGCAUGAGUCACUACAAGGAUGCUCUGGUGCUCCUGCCAGCGUUCACACUCUCCAAAAACAUCCAGCCUUCCCUGAGGGUCGUCUACACCAUCGAGGAGUCAUUGAGCCCAAUCAGGCCGGUGUUCCUCAACCCAGAGUACAUUCGGAACCUGCACAGCUUCUGGAGCUCCAAGGGCCUGAAUAAGCGUCUGAGCUCUGGCUUCAUGGUGGCCAGCCUGGCACUGGAGCUUUGCACCAAUGUACACCUAUAUGGGUUCUGGCCCUUUGACCAACACCCGCUAUCACACCAGCCCCUCAACAACCACUACUAUGACAACGUACAGAGUAAGAAGAAGGUUCAUGCAAUGCCUGACGAGUUUGACCAUUUGUUAAGGUUACACGAGCAGGGCGUACUCAAAAUACACCUGGGGGAGUGUGUGUAGAGUCAAUGUCUUGCCUCCAUUAUUCUCAAAGAUGGCAAUAUGUGUUUUGAGUAAAUUGAUCCAUAAUUGAUCCAUUCUGAAUCGAUGCCAAACCACCACCAUUUACAGUUAAAUAAUAGGGUAAACUGAGAAGGCACUGCACUGAACAUGCACUGUUUUUACUGAUGAAAUCAUGCAAAAAAAAAGCCUUUGUCUUUUGACAUUAUGCACAAUACUGUUUUUAGACUACGAAUGUAUCUAUCAUUUUACUUGGAUUGAGAUUGUUCAGAUUAAUAUUUGGAAAAUUUGAAGUAAUUUUUAGUGCCUUAUGUAUGCAAUGAUUGAAUGAAUUAACUGAAUUGACGAUGAGUACAUCAACUAAGCCAUUUUACAAAAUCAAUAUGAGUAGAAAAAUAUUAGAAGUAAUGCAUACAUAUUUUCAAAACACAAAUAUUUUAUGUUUGUUAAAAAACAGCUUGAUUUCCUGUAUGAAACGACACAUUUUGGUUUACAUUAUAAUUGUGCUAAUUUAGAAAAAUUAGCACAUGUUAUUAGUGGUUAAUCUUUAGCUGAAGCUAAUGCCAUAUUACAUAACCCGCAUAGGCCAACAUUGACUCAUAACUUCGAACAUUCACUUCC